ACCACCCUUGUCUCUUCCUCAUCCCAAGCUCACCACACCACACACGCCGAUCACAAAGCACACUUGCAAAAGUUGCACUGCUCGAGCCCUCGUGUCGAGUCAUACACUUGAUAUUUGUUAGUGCAGUUAGGAACUGGUAAUCUUCCAGACAUGGCGAGUCCUCGUGGUCUGGCGGGGCUCCUCUGCUUCGCCCUCGCGGCCGCGGCGGCGAGCGCGGCGCAGUACCGGGUCGGCGAGCAGCGGGGGUGGAGCGUGCCGGCGGCCGGCGCCGAGCCGCUCAACACGUGGUCGUCGCGGAUGCGGUUCAUCAUCGGCGACCAGCUCCUGUUCGUGUACCCCAAGGACACGGACUCGGUGCUGCUGGUGGACCAGGCGGCGUACAACGCGUGCAACACCACGACCUACGUGAGCAAGUUCCAGGGCGGCAGCACCGUCUUCACGCUCGACCGCUCCGGCCCCUUCUUCUUCAUCAGCGGCAACGAGGCCAGCUGCAAGGCGGAGCAGAAGCUCAUCGUCGUCGUGCUCUCCGUCGACCACACCCCGCCGGGCCUCCUGCCGCCGCCCCCUCCUCCCUCCAUGCCACCGUCGUCCGCGCCGCCCAUGCCCAGCCCGAUGUCGCCGCCUUCCAUGACGCCGCCGUCCGCCGCGCCCAUGCCCAGCCCGAUGUCGCCUCCUUCCAUGACGCCGCCGUCCGCCGCGCCCAUGCCCAGUCCGAUGUUGCCUCCUUCCAUGACACCGCCGUCCGCCGCGCCGAUGCCCAGCCCGGUGUCGCCGCCUUCCAUGACACCGCCGUCGGCCGCGCCGAUGCCCAGCCCGGUGUCGCCGCCUUCCAUGACACCGCCGUCCGCCGCGCCGAUGCCCAGCCCGAUGGCUCCUCCUUCCAUGACACCACCAUCCGCCGCGCCGAUGCCGAGCCCGAUGUCUCCCCCUUCCAUGACACCGCCGUCCGGCGCACCGAUGCCCAGCCCGUUGUCUCCGACAGCUGCUCCCGGGGCAACCCCGGACUCGCCACCGGCGACGACGAGUCCAGCUCCGUCGCCGGGUACACCUGGAGGCGGAUCAUCGCCGGGCACCCCUGGAUCCGACACGAGCAGCCCGCCGGCGCCGGCCGCCGACGGGGCGAACUCGACCACGCCGGGAAGCGCGGCUGCUCCGGUAACGGCAGGCCUGAUCGGCACGCUUGCAGCAGGCAUCGGCUACGCCAUGCUCGCUAUCUGAGUGCUCUUUCCUUUUGUAUAGUGUGUAAAUUGCGAGAUGCCCACUCAUACUCUGCAGAGGAUUUACCUUUGUACGUAUUUGUUUUCCGAUGGUGAAAUUAUAAUAAAGAGAUACGUUUGAGCA